AAGUUAAUGUGGUGUUCAUCGCCUCGAAUCCUCCGGAUGAACGUCGAAAGGACGACUGCUCAAUAAAUCUCAGUUUUGACUGCAACACGCCAUUUUGCGUCUGCGCCGCAUCACGUGCUUUGGCGUCACUAGUCGUGCGCGCUCGACGACUUUCAUGACGCGCAUGCCAUCCAGAACGAAACGACCCGAAAAGCGUGUUUCUAAGGGAUGCACGUCGCCACAUCGGGCAGCCGGGGAUCUUCACAGCCUAUUAGUUUCACUUUAUAUUGCUCUAGAAAUCUAGCAAUGAAGAUCUGGCAUCUCCAGCGGCCGGCAUCAUGGACGUUUUUCGGGUUCGAUUGAACUGUAUCGACCACUACCAGGCAACACCAACCGAAUAUGAUCCUCAGUUUGCCCAAGAUGUGCGCUUUUCGCAUUCACGGAAGCCCCCAAAAGUCCCUGUUAUACGAGUAUUCGGGUCGACCGAAACUGGCCAGAAAGUCUGCGCCCAUAUUCACGGCGCCUUUCCCUAUCUGUAUGUCGAGUAUGACGGUAGUCUGGAAGACGCCAAGGCCAACGAAUACAUUGCGAAAUUGCGUGCAUCCAUAGAUCAUGCCUUGGCGGUCAGCUACCGCAAAGAUCCCGUUCGCGAUCGGCCCAUGUACGUAGCACGGAUCACGCUGACGAAAGGGAUACCCUUCUAUGGCUUCCAUGUGGGAUAUCGCUUCUAUCUCAAAAUUUACCUAUUCAACCCGGUGGUUAUGUCGCGUCUCGUUGAUCUCCUUCAGCAAGGUGUCAUCAUGAGUCAGAAAUUCCAACCAUACGAGGCCCAUUUACAGUAUCUCCUUCAGUUCAUGGCUGAUUACAACUUGUACGGCUGUGACUACCUGGAUGCGGCCAUGGUCACCUUUCGAGCACCUGUACCGAAGCACGACGAAAACAUCCAAGGCCAUGAGACUGAACAUCCCUGGGACGAUGCGAAGAUCCCAUCAGAGCUGAUUACAGAUGAUUAUAGCCUUCCCCGGGCUAGCCACUGCUCCCUUGAAGUGGACAUCUGCGUCGAAGAUAUCCUGAACCGAAAGCAAGUCAAAGAGCGAAGGCUUCAUCAUGAUUUUAUCGAAGGGGAGCAGCCGGUGUCAAGCCAAGAGAAGCUGGUGCACAGCAUGGCUGGGCUCUGGACGGAUGAGACGAACCGCAGGAAAAGGCGUAUGGGAAUAACGGACCCUGAAGUCAACCCUUUUCCUCCGGAAGUCUUGGUAUCAAUGUCUGCGGACCCACGUCAAUCACAGGUGAUGGGGUGGGUUCAUGAAACUGAGUACCGUGCUGGUAUUCAGCAACUGGUUGCUCAGGAGCAAGACAAUACAGAUGGAUGUCAGAAGACUUUCUCCGGCUUUGUGCAACCAGUUCCCUUUGAAGAAACUAUCAAGACUACUUUAGAGUCAGUGGAAGACCUAUACCCAGAGAACUUAAGCCAAGCUCUGCAAGUUGAGGCACAAUUGUUUCACAUGAAUGCACAGCCACACAGCAGCAUCGACGUCGACGAACGAACUAUCUUACAGCUAGCAGGCGAGCGGAAUGCAAACCGUACUCCACCCGAGCACGCGGACAGAAUGUCACCGGGGGAACCUAUCAAUGGCGUUGGAGAAGGGUUUGGCGUGGGGGAUUCGAUAACUUAUGAUACGGGUAGGCGGCGCCGUGUACACCAACCCCGUACUUCCAUCCGUCAUAAACUUUUCAAGAUUGCCAAGGCUUACUCUUCCAAACAACCAGCCAAUACGGGUAGACAAGCCAGGGCUCUUGGUCCUGGAGAGCGACCACGAAGAUAUCCUAAGCAUCCCAGACCGCCGGGAGAAGUUGAUCGUGAUGCACCUGCAAAACGUCAGAUGCUCCAAGCUGAGGGCUCUAGGGAGGCAGUUCACUUAAAAGCCAAUGCCCCGCAAAGCGCUUCGGAAAUGGCUUCGAGAAAGGCCCAGUCAAAAGCUCGGGAGGCAGCUCAGCCAGGGCCUCAGAGAAGGCCUCAGGGUAACCCUCCGGAAAGGGCUCACGAGAAGUCAAACAAGAGGGUUCAUGAGGAUGCUCAAGCAAAGGCCCAUCGAAAGGCCCAACAAAGGUCUCUGGAACAGGGCCUGGAACAUGACCAGAAACAGGACCAACAAAAGACUCAGGAACUAGCCGGAGAACAGUCUCGGGGAGAAGUUCAGGGGGCAGUUCCAGAAAAUUUAACAUCUACGAAGCCCGCUCGGACGGUUCAGCCAAUAGAGCCCAGUGAUCAGGAUCCAACAGUAGAGCAACCCUUGGCCAAUAUUUUGAAGGUCGAGCCACCAAAACCCAAGGCAUCUCAGCCCACGAAGUCUGCUAUGAAGCAGAGCUCUGCAAAAGAGUCCCAGGGCCGUAAAUUCAACUUUCCCGUUGUCAAAGAUCCACAAGAUCCCAACACAAGGGCUCGAUUGAGCCAAAAGAGUGGUUCGCAGAAGAACGAAGAGAUGGUUGCUAAAAAGCAACUUGCCUUCGACCCUCAACCCACCAUUCUGGGGUCAUCGGCUCAGGCGAAGCCCAGUCAGACUGAACCCAACCUAAAAUCGUCGUCCAAGCCCUUUGACUCGGCCCCUGCGGCUUCGGCUCCGGUACUCUUGUGGAGUGGCUCAAACAAAAUGUUUGUCCUGGACAGCAAACCUCCAUCACUGAGCGAGGUCCGCUGUACCAUGCAGGUACAUGGCCUACCUGAUGUCAUCUAUCAGGAUGCUUAUUACAGCAAGGACGAGGAUGUUCCUCCAAAACCGAGAGAGUAUGCAGGUAGGGAAUACCGACUUGACGGCAGCUCGGUCCCUUGGCUCCCUGACUUCGACCCAACUGGCACAUCACCGGCCACAUUUGGCGAGAAACCAACCUCCGGUGCCGAUUGGCCGAUGCUGGAGGCGAUCUACGAGGCUCAACAAGAGGAUUGUGCCAUGAGGAGCUGGGAAAUAGCAGAGCCUCCUCCCUCUUUUAAAGAAGUGAGUGAAUGGUGGGCAGAUAAACAAAAAGGUCGCAAUACAAAACGACGUCUGUUCACGCCUCUAAGGAUCAAAACCGCUCGCUCCCAAGUCGCAGGCGCGACGCCGAAGAACAAGCAUGGUUUCAGAUAUUCCGAAAAGGAAAAGUCCACGAGUGUACAGCAUCAGGCACAGUACAUGAGCACUAUGAGCCUAGAAGUGCAUGUCAACACAAGGGGCAAGCUAGUACCGGAUCCUGAAGAAGACGAAGUGCAGUGUGUUUUUUGGUGUCUGCGCUCCGACGAAAACGCUCUUCGAGGAACCCAGGCGCCAGAUAACACAGUACGAGGCAUUGUUGUUUUCUCAGAGGAUGGUCUGCUAGCAGAAAAAAUUCGGAAAUACACAUCGGUGCCGGUACUGCAAGAGACAACGGAACUUGAUGUGAUGGUCCGGAUGGUCGAGAUUGUGCGGAACCAUGAUCCAGACAUCUUCACCGGCUACGAAGUGCACGGUAGCUCCUGGGGCUACCUUAUUGAGCGGGCGAGGAUAAAGUACGACCUCGAUCUCUGUGAUGAGUUCUCACGCAUGAAAUCUCAGUCAAAUGGGCGUAUCGGCAAGGAUGCUGAUCGCUGGGGCUUCAACACGACAUCCUCGAUUCGAAUAACCGGACGACACAUGAUCAACAUCUGGAGAGCCAUGCGAGGCGAGCUCAAUCUUUUGCAGUAUACCAUGGAGAAUGUCGUGUGGCAUCUGCUACACCGUCGGAUCCCACAUUACAGCUGGAAAACGUUGUCCGAUUGGUAUCUCAGCGGGCGACCGAAAGAUCUGGACAAACUUCUCCGGUAUUACCUGACGAGAACGCGACUUGAUAUUGAAAUCCUGGAAAAGAAUGAGCUCAUUCCUAGGACAAGCGAGCAAGCAAGGCUGCUCGGAGUUGACUUCUUUUCUGUUUUCUCCAGAGGAUCGCAGUUCAAAGUAGAGUCAAUCAUGUUCAGGAUAGCCAAGCCCGAGAACUUCCUCCUCGUUUCUCCGAGUAGGAAGCAAGUGGGCGCCCAAAACGCUCUGGAGUGUCUACCCUUAGUGAUGGAACCUCAGAGUGCGUUCUACAGCAGCCCAUUGCUUGUUCUCGACUUCCAGAGUCUGUAUCCUAGUGUCAUGAUUGCCUACAACUACUGCUACUCGACCUUCCUUGGGCGUAUCGUUAGCUGGCGAGGUACAAACAAGAUGGGCUUCAUGGACUACAAGAGGCAAGAGGGACUUCUUAGUCUGCUCAAAGAUUAUAUCAACAUUGCCCCAAACGGUAUGAUGUACACCAAGCCUCAUAUUCGCAAGUCUCUUCUUGCGAAGAUGCUUACCGAGAUUCUCGAAACUCGCAUCAUGGUCAAGUCCGGUAUGAAGCAAGACAAGGACGAUAAGGCGCUUCAGCAACUGCUGAACAACCGGCAGCUGGCGCUGAAGCUCCUUGCUAACGUCACCUACGGCUACACUUCGGCCUCGUUCUCAGGUCGUAUGCCCUGCUCCGAGAUAGCCGACAGCAUUGUCCAAGCCGGUCGCGAAACACUUGAACGGGCUAUAGCCUUCAUACACAGCGUCCAGAAGUGGGACGCCGAGGUCGUCUACGGCGACACCGACAGUCUCUUCGUCUAUCUCAAGGGGCGCACCCGCGAACAGGCCUUCGACAUCGGCCAAGAGAUUGCCGACGCCGUCACCAAGAUGAACCCGCGCCCCGUCAAGCUCAGGUUCGAAAAGGUCUACCACCCGUGCGUGCUCAUCGCCAAGAAGCGCUACGUCGGCUACAAGUACGAGAGCCGGGACCAGACCGUGCCCGAGUUUGACGCCAAGGGCAUCGAGACGGUCCGCCGCGACGGCACGCCCGCCGAGCAGCGGAUCGAGGAAAAAGCCCUCAAGAUCCUCUUCGACACCGCCGACCUCAGCCAGGUCAAGAGUUACUUCCAGGAGCAGUGCCACAAGAUCAUGCGCGGCGCCGUGUCCGUGCAGGACUUUUGCUUCGCGCGCGAGGUCAAGCUGGGCACGUACAGCACCAGCGGCCGCGGGGGGCCGGCCCCCGCCGGCGCGCUGAUCGCCACCAAGAAGAUGAGGGAGGACGCGCGCGCGGAGCCGCAGUAUGGCGAGCGGGUGCCGUACGUGGUGAUGGCGGGCGCCCCGGGGAUGAGACUGGUGGAUCGGUGCGUGGAACCGGAGGAGCUGCUGAAUAACUCGCAUGCUACGCUGGAUGCGGACUACUACAUCAACAAGAACAUCAUUCCGCCGCUGGAGAGGAUCUUCAACUUGGUGGGCGCGAACGUGAGGACCUGGUAUGAGGAGAUGCCCAAGGUUCAAGUCUUGCGGAAGGUGGUGCUGGAAGAUGAAGACGCUGCUGCUGCUGCCGCCCCCAGAGGACCACUAUUCGGCCUGCUGCUAGGAGCGUCACCAAGCAAAAAGGGUGCGGCCGCAGCAGCAGCAGCACUAGAUACUGAAGAUGUUCUAGGAGAAGACGGCGAGCCCCUCCCGCCCGACGUAGCAGCAGCCCAAGCGCAAGCGCGCAAAACCCUCGAAGCCUUCCUCAACACCACCAUCUGCACCGCCUGCGGCGUCAAGAUCAAGCGGCGGCCGCUCGGGGUAGGGCUUGCGCGCGAGCUGGGCAUGCUUGACGGGGGGGAGGAGGGCGCCGUGGACCGAGUCGGCCUGCCGCUCUGUCGUCGGUGCGCUUCGGAUCCACCCACCCUCAUGGUUGACAUGCAGACCAAGGUCAGCAGGGCCGAGAAGGGUUACGCGGAGAUCAUAAAGGUUUGUCAGAGCUGUGCUGGCUUUGCACCGCCCGAGGAUGAGGUGCCCUGCGAUAGCAAGGAUUGCCCGGUCUUUUACUCGAGGGUGAAGCAGAGGACGAAGAUGACGGCGGAGAAGAGGGUGAUGGAGCCGUUGAUUAGGUUGUUUGGGGACUUGGAGUUGGGUAAGGAAGGUGGUAGUGAGGACGAGGAUGGUGAGGAGGAGGAGGGUAAUUGGGAGCUGGAAGGGGGAAGUGAGGUUGUUAGCGGAGGUGGGAGGAUGGAAGUGCAGGAAGACGCUGGAAGGAGAUAUGAGGAGGAGGAAGCAAAAAGCGAGGCCAUUGUCCGGGGCAAGGGGAGAGCCGUGAGUGAGGAGCAAAGGGAGAAUGAUGGGUUUCUGGACAGUAGUUUUAGGGGCCUGAAGGCUGCAUCUCUGGAUUGGUAGUCAGGCCUAGCGAAGUUGUUUGGGUUGAAGGGAUUAUGAGAAACUUUUUUUGUCCAUUCUUAUGCUCCCGUUGAAGGUUCCAUAUACUCUGUGAGUCCAAUAUACUCUGUCAAC